ACUUUAACGUCUCUCUGAUGUUGUUCCCAGCUGAUUCACCAUGGGAGCGUACAAGUACAUGCAGGAGUUAUGGCGGAAGAAGCAGUCGGACGUGAUGCGCUUUCUGCUCCGCGUCCGUUGCUGGCAGUACCGCCAGUUGUCCGGCCUGCACCGGGCUCCUAGACCCACCAGACCCGACAAGGCCCGCAGACUGGGAUACAAGGCCAAGCAAGGAUACGUGAUCUACCGUGUGCGUGUGCGCCGUGGUGGCCGCAAGCGCCCCGUGCCCAAGGGCGCCACCUACGGCAAGCCCGUGCACCACGGAGUCAACCAGAUCAAGUUCGCCCGCAGCCUGCAGUCCACUGCCGAGGAGCGUGCUGGCCGCCACUGUGGGGCCCUGCGGGUCCUCAACUCCUACUGGGUGGGUGAAGACUCCACAUACAAGUUCUUCGAGGUCAUCCUGAUCGACCCCUUCCACAAGGCCGUCCGCCGCAACCCAGACACCCAAUGGAUCACCAAGCCGGUCCACAAGCACAGGGAGAUGCGGGGCCUGACGUCGGCCGGCAAGAAGAGCCGCGGCCUGGGCAAGGGCCACAAGUUCCACCUGACCAUCGGUGGCUCGCGCCGCGCAGCCUGGAGGAGGCGCAACACCCUGCAGCUGCACCGCUACCGCUAGGGGGCGCCGUAGUCUGCGUCUGUACAUUUAAUCCAAUAAAAAGCCCUUUUUCCA